AUGGGUGGCCACUCAUCUGGCAAUGCGGCUUACGAUGCUGCUCUACAAAGGCGUCAGGCAUUGAUGGGAGCUAGUGGUGCAAGGGCUCUUGUCAAGAAUUGGAAAGUUGCCCGCAUCGCCGCCUUCGCCUGCAUUGGCGGUGUCUUGUACGGCUAUAACCAGGUGAGGAAUACUCUGUCAAUUGGAUUUUGGAAUCACAGAAAAGUGGUAAACAUGAGUUACUUACCCACGACUAGGGCAUAUAUGGACGGAUACACCAAAAAUCCAACCCAAAAAGGCUGGCUGACAUCAAUCCUCGAGCUUGGUGCCUGGGUCGGUGCCAUCUUAUCAGGCUUCAUCGCUGAGGUUUGCUCCCGUAAAUACGGUGUGCUCAUUGCGACUGGUGUUUUCAUGCUGGGUGUUAUCGUCCAAAUCUCUUCUAUUUCUGGUGGCCAUGAAGCAAUUCUUGGAGGGAGAUUCAUCACUGGUAUGGGUGUGGGAAGUCUUUCCAUGAUCGUCCCACUUUACAAUUCAGAGUGUGCACCGCCUGAGGUUCGAGGUGCUCUUGUAGCUCUACAGCAGCUAGCCAUCACUUUUGGCAUCAUGAUCAGCUUUUGGAUUGUAAGCCUCCUGCCCUUUCAAACUCAUCAUCUCCUAUGCCCCUCACUUACAAUGACGUUUUAUGUCAAUUUUACGAACGAUCUGACCGACAUGACCUUUCACAGCGGCUGCAACUACAUUGGCGGCACCACCGAAGACACACAGUCAGAUGCCGCGUGGCUUGUUCCGAUCUGCCUGCAGUUAGGCCCCGCUAUCAUCCUCUUUGUGGGAAUGAUCUGGAUGCCAUUCUCCCCGCGUUGGCUCAUUCAUCACGGUCGGGAGCAGGAAGCCAGGAAGAUCCUCGCUGAUCUCCGAGACCUCCCUGAGAACCACGAGCUCAUCGAGUUAGAGUUCCUCGAGAUCAAAGCUCAGUCGCUAUUCGAGAAACGAAGCACAGCCGAGCUCUUCCCCCAUCUGAAAGAGCAGACUGCUUGGAACAUCUUCAAGUUGCAGUUCGUCGCCAUCAAGGCUCUCUUCCAGACGAAGGCCAUGUUCAAGCGAGUCAUCGUCGCGACUGUGACUAUGGUGAGUCCGACCACAUGCAGAGUCAUCGCUUUACACCAGGUCCUCUACUAUGCUCCUCAGAUCUUUAGCCAACUUGGCCUGAGUCAAACAACCACCAGCUUGCUCGCCACCGGUGUCGUUGGUGUGGUUAUGUUCAUUGCAACCAUUCCUGCCGUGCUAUGGAUUGACCGUGUCGGCCGGAAACCGGUUCUCAGCAUUGGUGCAAUCGGCAUGGGAACCUGCCAUCUCAUCAUUGCUGUCAUUCUUGCCAAGAACAUCGAUAGAUUUGAUCAACAACCAGCUGCUGGUUGGGCCGCGGUGUGUAUGGUUUGGCUGUUUGUGGUCCACUUUGGAUACUCUUGGGGUCCUUGUGCAUGGAUCAUCAUCGCUGAAGUGUGGCCUCUGAGCACUCGGCCAUAUGGCGUAUCUCUCGGAGCUUCCAGCAACUGGAUGAACAACUUCAUUGUUGGACAAGUCACCCCAGAUAUGCUGACAAGCAUCAAUUAUGGCACAUACAUCUUGUUCGGCCUAUUGACCUACCUUGGCGCCGCAUUCAUCUGGUUCAUAGCCCCGGAGACGAAGCGUCUUUCUUUGGAAGAAAUGGACCUUGUGUUUGGCUCUGAAGGCACCGCCGCUGCUGAUUUUGAGAGGAUGGAAGAGAUCAACAACGAAAUCGGCUUGAGUGCAGUGCUGAACCGCGCCUCGCCUGGUGGAGGAUUCUCGAAGUCGGAUGACUUGGAGAAAAAGGAACUGAACGCUGCUUCGGCCGAGCAUCAUUGA